AGGAAGAACAGCUCUUCCUUGAAAUACCUGAAGAAUUCUUAGGAACUGUGGUUGCACUGUGCAUUUUCAGUGUUCGUGAAUGAUGUGCUGGGCUGGGAUGCAUUUGAGUUCCAAAGGGAGAGAAUUCAUGGAAUGUUUGUGGUUAUUGCAGCCUGUUUGCACUGAUGUCAAAGUACCUGCGCAGUAAUGUUCCGAUCCCAAGGGAGGUGUAUUCUUUUUCUGGUGUAGUACAGCUGUUCUUUGUCACGUUUUUGCCUUGCUGUGUUAUUUGCUGGUUCAGGAGGGGACUGGAGUGUGAGGAGUGUGGCUUUGUUCCUGAUGUGGAGGGGAGAGGAGGUGUAGGGACAAUCUCUGUACUUGACUUUUUCUGGAGGAAAUCAGGAGAGUGGUUCCUCAUCAGGAGGCCUGCAAGGUCCCCAUGAGCACUCCCAUCAAAGGGCAGGUCUCUAAUGAAGGAAGGGGAUGAUGGAGACAUUUAGAAAUAAUUUUGUUUAGAAAACAUUUACUAAAGGUAAAAUAAAAAGUAUGGAUGCAGAACAGAAGAGGAAUCAAGGAGGGUAAUGUGAGGCAUGAAAGAAAAAGGAAGAGAAAUAAAAGAAAGUUAAGUAAAGGACUAAAAGAAGAGAUAGGCCAAGUUGUCUCUGCAAGUAAAAAAUCAAGUUAGGAAGAAAGAGAGCAAAAAGGAAAGAAGAGAUGACAGAGGAGAUUAUAUGCACACACCAACAUUUUCUCUACAUGCACCAACAUUAUCUCUACAUGCUCUGUGCAGUCGAGGACCUCUGUGUCCUCGGUACUGAGGAACCCUGUGCAAGCCUCGAUGAGAAGUGAUGAGGAACAGGAAUCAGAAGUUUUGUGUAACGGUGGGGUUGCAGUCCGUGGUGAGAAUGAUGUUGUCAUGUAGAAAAUACUGUACUAAAAGAGCAAGAGAAUAGGCAAAGAUUGAAGAAGAGACAGCGAGGGAAGGACAAGGAAAAGGAAAGGUAAAUAAAACGAAAAAGAAAGAAAAGAAAAAACGAAAAGAAACAAAAAAAGGAAAAGGUGAAAGAAUUUAAAAGAUAUGAAGAUAAAUGAAAAAAGAUGAAAUAUUAUAUGAGUGUGCGAGCUUGCAGCAAUUUUAACUCUGUACACAAAAAGGUGGGAUGAGGUGGGGGAGAGACAGAAAAAGAAAUGAAUGAAAGAAGGAAGGUGAGAAAGAGGAGAAAUCAAGAGGGGGUAAGUCAAGGAGAUUACCAGGAUGCACCGACGUUCUCUUCUAACGCUGGGUGCAGGUGGUCUCCUGUGAUCUCCCAUUCGCUGCUGUCCCGUGUGGAGGAGAUGAUGCCCCGUAAUUCGAGCUCCUGGCUCCGUCAUUGAGUGCCUCGAUCGCGGCGUCCGAGGUUACCGGCAGCUUGCCAGCAGAGUUAUGAAAGAGACAGAUGGAAAUAAAAGGUAGAGGACAGUAAAAAUUGAACAUUCCGGGCAAGAAAGAAUAAGAGAAAAAAUAAGGAAGCAAAGCAGAAGAAAAAAGAAGGAGAUGGAGGCGGCAAAAUAAAAGGUAAAUAGAAAAGAAAAACAUAAAAAGAUAAUUAAAAUAAUUAAAAACACAGAACUGAAAUAUAAAAGAAGAGAGAUGGAAAAAGCAGAAUAAAGGAAAAAAGAAACAUGAGGAAGCACGUUGCAAAAAAAAAAAAAAAACCAAAAAAAAAUAGAUACUGCGGGACACGGCAGAGGAGGUGGCCAUGACGGGCGGAGGCGCUGGCGCUGUGCGGAGCGUGUGGGGCGGCGGAGCAGCGCACGGUGUCGCUGCAGGCUCAGGAACGGCGUGCGGGCGGCUCCGCCCCGGUGCGGCGGAGAGCCCGGCUGUGAGCGCGGGGGGGCGGCGCGGGCCGGGCAGCAGAGCCGCUGCGUGCGGGCGGCGGCGGGAGCCGUGCGGGGCCCGUGCCGGGGCCGGCACCAACUGCGGCCACAGCGGCCACAGCGGCGGCGGCGGCGGCAGCGAUGGGCUCGCGUUGGUGCGCGGCGCUGCUGCGGGUGCUGGUGCUGCAGGCGGCCUGGGCGCUGGCGGGCGGGCAGGUGCGGUACUCGGUGGCGGAGGAAGCCAAGGCCGGCACGGUGGUGGGCCGUCUUUCGCAGGACCUGGGGCUGGAGGCGGGCGAGGCGGAGGCGCGGCGGCUGCGGCUGGUGGCGCAGGGCCGGCGGGCGAGCGUGGAGCUGAGCGGGGCGAGCGGCGCGCUGCUGGUGAGCUCGCGGCUCGACCGGGAGGAGCUGUGCGGCAAGAGCGCGCCGUGCGCGCUGCGCCUGGAGGUGCUGCUGGAGCGGCCGCUGCGCGUCUUCCAUGUGGAGCUGGAGGUCACCGACAUCAACGACAAUGCCCCCAUCUUCCCCGCCGCACGAAAAAACCUCAGUUUAUCGGAAAACUCCCCGCCCGGAUCUCGUUUCCCGCUGGAGGGCGCGUCGGAUGCGGAUAUCGGAGCGAACGCGCAGCUCUCCUACACACUCAGCCCUAGUGAGCAUUUCAGAAUAGAGGAAGAAAACAGUAACUCUCGCAGUAAGUCCCUGUUUUUGGUACUCACGAAACCUCUGGACCGCGAGACGAUUCCCGUUCACCGGUUGGUGCUGACGGCGAGUGACGGGGGCCGGCCCUCUCUGACAGGGACAAUGGAGCUGGAGAUCUCCGUGCUGGAUGUGAACGACAAUGCGCCCCAAUUCAACCAGUCCGUGUACAAUGUAGUUUUGCCAGAAAACGCUACAGAGGGGACACUCGUGGUGCGAGUGAACGCCACAGACCUGGACUUGGGAAUAUAUGGAGAAGUGGUUUACGAAAUGGAUACCGUUAUUCCGCCCUCUGCCUUAGAUGUUUUCAGCAUUGAUGCGAACUCUGGGGAGAUCAGACUGAAGGGUACACUGGACUUUGAGGCAAUUACUUUGUACGACCUACACGUGAAAGCUAAAGACAAAGGGACGCCCCCGCUGUCGGGUCACUGCAAAGUGGUGGUGGAAGUGCUGGACGUGAACGACAACGCGCCCGAGGUGCGGGUGACGUCGCUGUCGGUGCCGGUGGCGGAGGACGCGGCGGUGGGGACAGUGGUGGCGGUGCUGAGCGUGUCGGACCGGGACUCGGGGGCGAACGGGCGCGUGCGGUGCUGGGUGUGGCCGGCGUCGCCGUUCGGUGUGGAGGCGACGUUCUCGGGCUCGUACUCGCUGGUGCUGCGCGAGGCGCUGGACCGGGAGCGGGUGUCGGAGUACGAGGUGGAGGUGCGUGCGGAGGACGGCGGGGCGCCGGCGCUGCGCGCCAGCCGCGGGCUGCGGGUGCCCGUGUCGGACGUGAACGACAACGCGCCGGCGUUCGCGCAGGCCGUGUACACGGUGCUGGCGCGGGAGAACAACGCGGCGGGCGCCGAGCUGGCGCGGCUGUGGGCGCGGGACCCGGACGAGGCGGGCAACGGGCGCGUCAGCUACUCGCUGUGGGAGGGCGGCGCGGGCGCGCUGUCGCCGUCGUCGUGGUCGGGGGCGGCGGGCGGCGGGUGGCGGCCGGCGUCGAGCUACGUGUCGGUGGACGCGGAGAGCGGGCGCGUGUGGGCGCUGCAGCCCUUGGACUACGAGGAGCUGCAGGUGCUGCAGUUCGAGGUGCGCGCGGUGGACGCGGGCGAGCCGCCGCUGAGCGGCAACGCCACGGUGCAGCUGUUCGUGCUGGACGAGAACGACAACGCGCCGGCGCUGCUGCCGCCGCCCGCGGGCUCGGCGGCCGAGGCGGGCGGCGCAGCGGCCGAGGCGGCGGCGGCGGGCUGGGGCUCGGGCACGCUGUGGGCGUGGGCGGCGUGGGGGGCGCCGGCGGGCCAGGUGGUGGCCAAGAUCCGCGCCGUGGACGCCGACUCGGGCUACAACGCGUGGCUGCGCUACGAGCUGCGGGAGGCGCGGCCCAAGGGCCCGUUCCGCGUGGGGCUCUACAGCGGCGAGGUGAGCACGGCGCGGCCGCUGGACGAGGCGGACGGCGCUCGCCACACGCUGCUCAUCGUGGUGCGCGACCACGGCGAGCCGGCGCGCUCGGCCACGGCCACGCUCAGCGUGUCGCUGCUGGAGGCGGCCGAGGCGGCGCUGGCCGCGGCCGCGGGAUCGUCGUCGUCGUCGUCGUCGUCGUGGCGGGCGGCGCCGGGCGCCGAGACGGGGCCCAGCGGAGCGAGUGCGGCCACCAACGUGUGGCUGGUGGUGGCCAUCUGCGCCGUGUCGAGCCUGUUCCUGCUGGCCGUGGUGCUGUACGCGGCGGCGCGCUGGGCGCCGCGGGCGGCCGUGCUGUCGGCGCCCGGGCCCACCACGCUGGUGUGCGCCAGCGAAGUGGGCAGCUGGUCGUACUCGCAGCGCCACAGCCGCAGCCUGUGCGUGGCGGACGGCGCGGCCAAGAGCGACCUCAUGGUUUUCAGCCCCAACUUCCCUCCGCCGCCGCCCGGCGCCGCGCCCAAGGACCCGCAGCCGGAGCCCUCCGCUCUCCUCCACACGGUCAGUGCCGAACCCUCCCUUGCCUUUUCUCUUUCUCUCCCCACUCUGCCGAGUCUCCCCCGCCCCCUUUGCAGUUCCUGCUCUUACCGUGGCUCCGCCCCCGCGGCCUGAGGGCAGCGUAAUUUU